AUGGGGGAACAGCGCUCCAGAACGGGUUGUAGCAAUUGCAAACGUUUGGGGAUAAAGUGCGAUGAGAAAAAACCAAGGUGUACUAAAUGUAUCAAAAGCAAUCUGGAACACUGCAAUUAUAAAAUUAAGCUCAAAUGGCGGCACUACCCCAAAAAUGAGAACAUGAUCCCAUCCACAGCUAUACAAAAGUCCAGCACUCUGAGACUUCUAGCGUACCCAAGGAGUGAUGGUGUUGCACCAUUAACUGGAAAUAAUACCGCUGCGGAGGGUCAGGUGCCUAUUUUGAGUGAGGAAAAUACUUUUCAUUGCGAAACUCGCAUUGGUCUUCAGCUAUGCGCUCCCGAAUUUUUGACAACUCCGUCAAUCGUACCCAUUGCUGCAGAUUGCAUGGAGCUACUCGAAUUUUUCAAACAGGAAGCAUCUUUACUAUUUAUUGUAGCUCCUGAGAGAAGCUUUCAGAAGAGUCCUUUUUUUAAUCUUAUACCUUCUAUGGCUCUCCACAACGACAUGGUCAUGAAUGCCGUUCUUGCCUUCAGCGCAGCAUGGAAAAAUAAUAGGUAUCUUGAUCGAAGAGAUGACCCGAUCAUUGAAGAAAAGGGAAAGGAAGUUGGUAAAUUCUGGAACACUACAGUCUCGCUAUUACAUCAAAAGUUAUCUACCGAUUAUAGAUUAGAAAAAGUGGAGAUUAUGGUUACCAUGCUCCUUCUUGCCGCCUACGAUCUCUGCUUUUUUGAUGCUCCAAUUAAAUGGAGAGCCCAUAUUAGGGCAGUUAGGGACCUUCUAUCACCUAUACAAAAUUACUCCGAUCCAGCAUAUAAACAUGACUUUUUCUUUUUUAAAAAAUCCAUCCUUUUCAUUUCCUCCUGGUUAUCGUAUAUCGAAAUUAUGUCUUCCCUAUGUUCUCCAAAACAUUCACCAAGUGCACAAAACUUAAUUAAACUGGCAAAUCAAUUAAAAUACUCAUAUAGUAUAAAAACUAUGGAAGAUAAGAGAUUAAGAUGUGAGGAUAUUGAAAACACUACAGGUAUGGACCCUAUAAUACUGAGUUUUCUAGCGAAAAUAGCUGCACUAAUAAAAAAGCUCUCUCAUGUGCCCUCUGAAUUUACCUUGAAGAAUUUACAGGAUGGCAUUGAGCUGGAUGAAGAGCUUGCUGUAUAUAUUGAUGAGAGCGAAAAAGCUAGAGAUCAAGUAUUAUCGACUAGCAUCGAUGCCGGAAUCAAUACAAGUGCCUAUCGGAUUCUCCGAGCUACAAACCUAGUGUUUGCUUUGACUGGAAGAGCACUGCUUAAAAAAAGAGUUUUUGAUUUUGAGCCUCGAAGAUACUCGCUAGUAAAAAUAAUAAUGAGAAUCAUGCACCUGAUAGAAAGUGAAGUAUGCUUGAACAGUUCGGCAGAGUCAUGCAUCUUUUUCCCCCUGUUUUGUUGUGGCUGUGAGCUGAUAAGCUCUGAUCUUCUAAUGUUUCGGUCUAUGGUCUUGAAUCACCUCGAUUCCCUGAUAAAUCGAGGAAUUUCGAGCGCAGUCCAUGCUAAGUUAAUCAUGAAGGAAUGCUGGAUGAGCGAAAAACCAUGGUGGUUACUCUUAGAGGAGAGUGGUAUUGAUUUGGUUUUCAACAUUUAA